ACCACAUUCUUCUUGUCUAGGGGCUUGGUCUUUUUUCUUCCCCCUUCUUGCAAUCUAACUUGACUCGACCUGAUGUGCCUUGAUUUCUCGACACUCUCGACCCUCUCGACCCUCUCGGCCCCUCUCUCCUUUUCGCACGUCCGUUCCUUGUAUUGUACGGUACUACUGUAUUGUGUGCCCAGGCGCAGCCACACUCUGCUGUGCCGUGCAGUGCUCUGCUGCCUGUCCAGCGUCAACCACGGCUCGCUCCCAUUCAAUAACAUAACUGAGUCGUAUCGCUCACGGCGAUCCCUUCGACUCUGACCUGCCUUGUCUGCUUCUUGCCUCGUUUCUCCUCCUCUCACCCCUCCCCCCCUCCCCUCCGCCUCUCCACACACCAGCACCAGGUCAGCCCGGCCCAGCUCCAGCAGAGCUUACUACGACCCAACACCGAUAGUACGGGAGGCUGCAGUCAAAGAGGGUGCAUCCCCACUAUAUCAACCGCCAGGAACCGUUGGACUCGAACCAGUCCAAGGCCACGACGAACCACCAACUCGGCAAGCCUGACCUGACAAGAGCUAGCCAACAGCCGGAUGCCACCCACGCUUGCAUACACCCCUCUGCUCGCUACGUAUUAGCUCCUGCAGGCCUUGCACCCGUGCUGCACGCCCAGCCAUCAGCUACCUCGAGGGGCCUUCGGUCAUCCACGACUUGUCGACGUCAGCAGACAGGCGCAGUUGGCCCUCCCACACUGCGACAUUGCAACACUGCUGCCAGUUCGACAGUCCACCAGAUCCAGUCUUCAAACCCAACCCAGACGGGUCCAGAGGCCUUUGGAACCCAUACCGCACCGGUAACAUACUGUGUAAUAGUAAUAAUACCAGCAGCCUGACCCGCUCGCUUCGACCUGGCCUUGCACACCCACGCAACACGUCUGCCGAAGCUGCCGGGCAAGAAACGCCGAUCGGUUCUGUUUUUAUUUAUUGUACAACUACCCAUCUGCUGCCUGCCUGCUGGCCUGCAUUUGCAUCCUGUACCAAGCACGAAACACCGUGCCACAACCUUGCAACAACCUUGCACCCACGUCACCCGUCUUUCGGGUCAACUGCAGCUACAAAACGGCCCCAGACGCCGAGUUUCCUCGCCCCCGAUCUAAUACUACUGCUGCUCGCCGUUCACGCUCAAAGAACUAGAACUAGCAUAACGAGGCUGGCCCCCAGACCGUGCUUGUUCGACCCGUUCUCCCGGCCUUUGACCAAAAGACCCGAACUGAUCCCACUACCGACCCGCGGCCGUGCCUCUUUUUUUUUCAGCAGGUUUUACCUCGCCCACGACCGUCACCCUGGUACCCGCCGCCUCGAAGCUCUCUGUGUGACCAGCCACCAACCCAUUUCGCGACCACCACCAUUCCUAAACCCACCCGUCUAACAACAUCCAACCUUCACCAUAACAGCAUCCCGCCCCCCCUCCCCCACCUCACCUGGACACGGGCAACCAGCGCAGGGGCCAAACACGGCCAGAUUCUGCCCCUGCACUCUCACAGCUCACCCCAAUGCCUGCCAUCCUUUGUUUUUCUUUAAUGGCCUGAACAACAAUUCUUCAGGACAUCCGCUUUCACCAUGCAGCGCUUCUCUGCGUUUUGGUCUUCUAGAGACAGGCCAAAGCCGAAUGUUGGGCUCUUCAAUCCUGUCACCGCGCCCGCCCCUGUCCAUGACACCACCAACGCCCUGACCCGUCGCUACGGGCCUGAGGACUACUGGCCCUCCACUUUGGACCGCGAGAGCGAAAAAGCAGCUCGUAUACUUCAGGCUUUCUGCACCGAGGGUUGCAUAGCCGCUCGUGAUGACAGCCCCACCAAUCUCGAAAGGCGCGCAUCCACCACGUCGCUGCAGCACAAGAAGAGGAAAAUACCGCCCAGAAUAGUCCAGAACGCUGUCGGCCUGGCAAUCUUCUCCUGUAUGAGAUCUGGACUGUGGAAGAGCGGCAGCGGAGGAAGUGGAAUUCUGGUCGCCAGGAAGUCCGAUGGACGAUGGUCCCCGCCUUCGGCAUUCCUCCUGCACACGGCAGCCCUUGGAUUCGUGAUCGGCGUCGACGUUUACGAUUGCGUCUUGGUUAUCAACUCAAUGUCUGAUCUGGAGAUGUUCACACGCCCCCAAACCACCCUCGGCACCGACGUACAGCUAGCCGUUGGGCCUACCAUAACAGAUGGGCGCAUCGAGAACGAGGUCCGGGGUAAGGAUCCAGGGCAUACGGUGUUGACCUACGUCAGGGCCAAGGGUGAGCACCGGGCUGUUAAUAUCGAUGGGUCGUCAGUCACGGAACGGGGAUCGGAAAACCAGCGAUUCUACGGUGGCGACGUCUCUGUUCUUGAUGUGCUGGCAGGAAAGGUCCCUGAGAAGGACGACCCGGAAAUUAAGACUUUGUAUGAGGUUCUCAAAUGCGCAGAGGGCAGGGUCGAUUUCAACGCGCCUCUCCUGGAGAAGCUGGCGCUGCAGCCGGCCCCUGGCGACGCCGUGAUUGAGGACCCAUCCGCGCUCUCUCUGCUAUCCCCGGGGAGGCCUGCGUUCGGAGUACCAGAUAACGAGGAUCCAGAUCCAUUUGGUGUUAGGGCGCUCGAGAUGGCCGGUCUUGAGAUCCGAGAAGCCGGGACCAGACACAGGCCCGCCAGCAGUCAAUUCGAGUACAGCCCGAGCCCGAACAGUCCUUUGUUCGGCCAGUUCAACAACCGCCAGAGCACAGACACCUCCAUAACCCAGAGCAAUAGGGGCAGCUACAUGUCCAACAGGACUACCCUCAGCCGCAUGACAGAUGCGUUCACGCAGACGACUGUCGACACUCGGGGGACCACACCAACGUCAGACGAGGGGCUGGACCGAGCCUCGAUUGACAAGCUGCCGGUUGUGAUGGAGCCGGAGGAGGUCGAGCACUCGCGGGAGAGCGUCGCCAGGAGCCCAUCCAGGGAGCGACCAGAGUCGAUUCCGGAGGACAGUGUAGCCGAGGAGAAGGCGGCGAACGAGAUCACAACGAUCUCCGAGGAAACCCCUGCCGCUGAAAACGCUAAAAAGGCAGACGGAGUAUCUGUCGACGAGCGGGAUGAGGAUGCAGACGACGAGCAAGAGGAAGGCUCAGAUAUCGAGAGCGGCCCGGAGCUGGAGGACGACCAGGAUCUGUCAGAAGACGAUGAAGAUGAUGAAGACGAUGACGACGACGAGCCGGUUAUUUUCGAGGUGGCUACAGCUGCUCAACCAGCCCGGGCGGUCCCGUCGUCACCUCAGGUCACUCAGAUCAUCCACGCGAAGGGGGCACUCGUGAACAUCCCCAAGCGUAUUGUACCUGCAAUUCCACCAAGGAGCCCUGCAAGGUCUUCACGCUUCAGUAAGAGCGAUUUCGGAGAGAUCCCAGCGAAGAGUCCGUUGAGGAAUUCUUUCCAGUCGACAAUGACGAGCAAGAGCGAAGAGGGAGCGGAGCACAAGACCAUGGAUGGGGUUAUCGAGUCUACAUCCAAAUGGGCAACUAAUGUAACACCGGCAAGCCCAUGUGAGCAGGAUAUUGAGACACAGGAGCAGCAGUUGCGGUCCAGAGCAUCUUCGCCCACGUACACCACUGUCAUGGAGAAGCAUUUGAGCAUGGAAACCGAGGACAUGCCCCGGACGCCGUCCACGCUCCACACCUCUGGACCAACAUCAUCAGGGGAUGAGCAGGAGCCUCGCACGCCGAAGCCAGAGAACGAGGUGGCCACAACCGGAGAUGCCAAGGUGGCAAGACACGAGGUGAUGAGUUUCGGGGUCGAGCUCGACGGCACAUACUAAAGGGCCGGUGAGCCCUCAUUUUGGUUUUUGGGACUGGGCAUACUUUUUCUUCGGCAUUGGCGUUCAUAGGCACAGAAGCGCGAUAUCCAUCCCCUCGAGGGGCAAAACAGGUCUGGGCAUGGCACGGCACGGCAGCUGGAGGCUGGAGGCUGGGAGCGGGCGACAGGCAGCUUUUAUGUCUAAUGUUUUAUGCAUUGCUACAUGGGUACACUUCCUGUUGAUAGCAAAUCUCACUAUGAUGAACAUCAACAACAUCAUAAGGCAACUUGCACACAA